AUGACGGCCGAGCCAGCAACGCUCGACAUUGUGCUGCGCAACGACACCGGGGCGGCGCAGCUCUACGCGCACAUUACGGGCUCGGACAACGCGGGCCUCGUGCUGAUCGGCGCCGACGGCAAGAGCGCGUACCGCCCCGUGUCGCCGGCCAGCACGCUGCAGCCGCUCGGGGCCGACUGCUCCAUCCUGGUGGGCGGGCCCGGCAGCUCGCGGCGGGUGCAGGUGCCGCGGAUGGCGGGGGCGCGCAUCUGGUUCUGCAAGGACAGGGCGCUGACCUUUUUCGUCAACCCGGGCCCGGCGCUGGUGGAGCCGUCGGCGACGAACCCGACGGACCCCAACUACAACGUCGACUGGGGCUUCUGCGAGUUUACGUGGAACCAGCAGGAGCUGUACGUCAACGUGUCAUUUGUCGACUUUGUCGGGCUGCCCAUUUCGCUGCGGCUCGCCACGGGCGACGGGCGGGUCAAGACGGUGCCGGGACUGCCGUCGGACGGGCUGCAGACGGUGUGCGGCAAGCUCGAGGAGCAGGCGCGGCGCGACGGCAAGGGCUGGGACAAGCUGGUGGUGCGCGACAAGGGCAGCGGGCGGCCGCUCCGGGCGCUCAGCCCCAACGCGGGCGGCGUGCUGGCGCCGGGCCUGUUUGGCGGCUACUACCAGGCCUACGUGGACGCCGUGUGGGUCAAGUACGCGGGCGAGGACCUGACGGUGGACACGCAGUUCAAAUGGGGCCGGGUCAAGGGCCGGGUCAACGGGGCCGACGGCAAGCUGACGUUUGCGGGAUCCGGCAAGGCGGGGAGCAGCGGCGGGACGUUUGGCAAGCCGUCGGCGGCCGACAUCUUCAGCUGCAGCACGGGCCCGUUUGCGGGGGGCGCAGGGGUGACGGAGGAGCAGCUCAACAUCGGGGCGCGGCUGGCGGCGGCGCUGAACCGGUCGACGCUGCUGGGCAACGCGGACCAGCCCGAGGGCGAGAAGGUCGAGACGUACUAUCAGCAGCCAGUGACGAACCACUUUGCGCGCAUCUGCCACGAGACGAGCGUCGAGGGCCGCGGCUACGCGUUCCCGUACGACGACGUCGGGCCGGCGGGCGGCAAGGACCAGUCGGGCUUUGUCAACGACCCGAAUCCCAAGGAGCUGACGGUGUGCGUGGGCAGGCCUCUGACGGAGUGA